AAAGAUACCUACUCACUAGAUAGUAAUAUAGUAUUUUGUAGGAUUUACUUAUUUAAUAUUUUAAUAUUUUAUUCUAAUUUAAUUUAAAUCAAAAUUAUCUAAAAUAAAAUUAAUUUUUACAACUCUAGUCAAUACUCUCUAUAUAUGUAUUAAUAUAUUUCGUAAUAACAUUAAUUAUCAUUAUAAAUAAUGGAUGUGUCAUCAAACCCAACAACUUCACAAGCAAAUGAAACUGAAAAUCAGUAUCCAGAAGUAAGAAUUCGUCAAAAUCCACAAACCCAUCAUGUGCAUGCUGGAGAUCAAACUGAACAUAGACCACCCCCAAAUUGGAGAACAAGUAUAAAAAUGGAUGAAAAGCUAACUAUCUGUCGUAUAUAUUAUAUUGCAGGAUUUUUCUUGUUGCCAUUUUUUUGGUUGGUAAAUUUUGUAUGGCAUUAUAAUGAUGCUUACUUAGCUGAACCAUUUGAAGAACAGCCACAAUUUAGGCGCUAUGUUCUGAGAUCAGGUAUUGGCUUCAUUUUUUGGUCUGUGUUACUUAUUGGUUGGGUAUUUUACUUUCAAACACAAAGGAAUUAUUAUAAUUGGGACUAUCUAACCUUUAAUUUCCCUACCGGAUCUGCUUAAAUUGAUCGUGGGAUUAACCUGUUCUCUAUUACUUAAGUAUUUUAUUUUUUAAUGUAAUGUUUAAUAACUAUUAAUGUAAAAAAAAAAAAUAAUAAUAUUAAUAUGAUUUUUAUAACAACAAAUAUUAUUAAUUUUUAAUUCCAUACCUAUUAAAAUGUUGGAUCAAAUAUUAUUAUUGUGCAUUGUAUAUCUGAUGAUUUAUGUCUUGAUCAAAAUAAAAUUAAAAAAAUUAAAUUCAAUAUAAACAA